UAGCAUCCUCAAUAGAAGCAAGAUGAGUGAGAUUGCUAUUUCCCACCUUGUUCAUCGCAUUCAUACCAUCCUCUGCAAGCCCAAGAUGAGAGCCAUGGCAAAUUCUCAGCUAGUUCACAGUACCAUCCUCCACAAGAUAUCUCUGGUCCUCUUCAUUUGCUCGCUCCUUGGCUACAACUGUGAAGCCAUGAGUAGGAAGGCUGAAAAGGCAGCACUUCUAAGCCUUGAGAGACACUGGGGUAAACAGAAGAAUAUCAAGUGGAGCUCCAUCAUGGACAGAGGCCACUGUAAGUGGGAUGGGGUCACUUGCACUCGGGAGGGCUUUGUUACAGGUAUUUCACUCAGUAACUACAAUCUUGCCAAGCCAAUUCCGUUAGAAAUUUGCUCGUUCAAGAACCUUACGUACAUUGACCUUUCGUACAACAACAUUCCAGGCUUUUUCCCUACGGUUCUUUACAGUUGCUCAAGCCUUGAACAUCUGAACCUCUCGUACAAUUCUUUCGUUGGUAGUCUUCCAUUAAAUAUCCAUUUACUGUCAAAAACAAUUACCCACCUUAACCUUGAAUCGAAUAAUUUAUCCGGUAGUAUUCCUAGUUCAAUCUUCCAGCUUUCAUCACUAGAAGUGCUGAUACUAGACUCCAAUCCCUUUGCUUCACACAUAAUUGAUCCACAGUUUGGAAAUUUGACAAACCUAGAAGUAUUGUCAAUGAGUAAUAUGAAUCUAGUUGGUGAAACUCCAAACACUAUAUCAAAGCUGACCCGACUUAGAAUCUUAGAUUUGUCUUCUAAUCCCUUUGCUUCACACAGAAUCAAUCCACAGUUUGGAAAUUUGACAAGCCUAGAAAAGUUGUCCAUGAGUAAUAUGAGCAUAGUUGGUGAAAUUCCAGACACUUUAUCCAAGCUGACCCGACUUAUAAUCUUAGAUUUGUCUUGUAACACGCUGAAUGGGACAAUACCUAGUGGGAUUUGGAGAAUGCAGAAUCUAGAGUCCCUUGAUCUACACAGUAACUCACUCUCUGGUCACGUACCAGAUGAGUUUUGUAACCUCAAGAAACUGUCCACACUUUUAUUGAACGAUAAUCUUCUAUCCGGCCCACUGCCGCAAAACCUUACACAAUUACAAGUAGCCUCCAUCUUCUUCCUCAAUUUCUCUAAUAACCAACUGACGGGCAAGAUUCCAUCUCCUCUCGAGUUGAAAAUAUUUCAGUGGAGCUUUCUUUCCAAUCCUGGCUUAUGUUCCUCCGAUCACUUUGGAGACCUUCCCAUGUGCACCAGAUUGCACUUGAAGAUGUUUGUAAUCAUCCUCCUGGUCUUUGGUUCAACCAUUUUCACAUGCGCGGGGCUGAUUACUUUAAUUAAGAACAAGGCAUUUUUCUUAUAUGAAAAGGACAAUGCCCCAUCUCCACCACAGUGGAAGCUGACGGCCUUCCAAGCUAUUGAUUAUGACACUCAAGACAUCGUUUGCAGACUCAUUGAUGCAAACCUUGUCGGCAGCGGUGGCUCGGGAAAGGUAUAUAAGAUCUGCUUUGGUGCUGAAAAUGUUAUAGCUGUCAAGCAAAUAUGGACUAGUGGCGGACCGGAAGAUAUGCUGGAAAAGCAGUUUCAAGCUGAAAUUGAGGUUCUUGGAUCCAUCCGACACGGCAAUAUCGUAAAGUUGCUUGGCUACAUUUCAAGCUCCGAAUCGAAGCUCCUCAUAUACGAGUACAUGGAACAUGGUAGCCUGUAUGAAUGGCUGCAUCAGAAAGAUGAUCCCGCUGGUACAACCAGACAGUUGUUGAACUGGCCAACAAGGAUGUCAAUAGCGAUAGAUGCCGCCAGAGGAUUGUGUUACAUGCACCACGGUUGCUCUCCUCCUAUAGCACAUCGUGAUGUAAAAUCCAGCAACAUCCUACUGGAUCCUGAAUUCAAGGCAAAGAUUGCGGACUUUGGCCUAGCUCGCACUCUGCUUAAAGCCGGUGAUCCAGAGUCUGUCUCGGCGGUGGUUGGGUCCUUUGGAUAUAUAGCUCCAGAGUUUGGAAGCUCGAAAAAAAUGAAUGAGAAAGUUGAUGUGUACAGCUUUGGGGUGGUUCUCUUGGAGCUGGUAACAGGGAGGCGUGCAAAUGGUGGGGGCGGGUACGAGAAUUUGGCGCAAUGGGCAUGGAGGCAAUUUCAUCAAGACGAGGACAUCCAUUUGACAAAUCUGAUCGACGCAGGCAUACGAGAUGCAGCCCACUCGCGUGAGGUACAACUGGUGUUGAAGCUAGGGCUAAUUUGCACGGGCACAAACCCAUCGUCACGGCCGUCCAUGAAGCAGGUUCUGCAGGUCCUGCAACGCUGAAAAAACGCUGGUUCAUUAGCCAUCUAAACCAGAAGGUCGUCAAAAGUUUGAGGGACACGCCGUGGUGUUAUUUCUACUAGAUAUAAUUUGUCCAACGAAAUUGGAAGGGCGCGACACACACAAUAGUUUUUUGUACAAGCAAUAAGAUUCAGGCAUCUGUUUUUCUUAUUGUGCAAUGUCAGCGUGUUGUCUGGUUGUUGAUCCUGUUACUUUGAGGUUCAGUUUAAAGUCAAGGUCUAAACAGGGUAUCAGUAUAAACAUCUGGUUUUGG